ACACACAGACAGGUCUGUGGUGUAGCCUACUGCUGUAUACACACAGCUGAGUUAGCCUGUUAGCUAGCAAUGUUGAGGUUAGCUAUCAGACAGGGUAAGGGUUAGGUCGGUGUUAACGAGCUACACGCUGAUAUAUACAAAUGGACUGCUUGGUACACAUAUUUAGCUGAUUUAGUGCUCUAUGUCGUGGAACUGUGUUUAUUCAUGAUGCCUUCGGCAAAAGUGCUAAAGAAUACCCAGUACAUAGAGCUGGGCAGCUAUCAGUACUGGCCUGUGCUUGUGCCCAGAGGAAUCAGACUCUACACAUAUGAGCAAGUGCCAGGGUUUCUGAGGGAAAAUCCAUACAUCACUGAUGGCUACAGAGCUUACCUCACCUCUAGACUGUGUAUUAAAAGUCUUUUCAUUCUUUCCAAUGAGACUGUGAACAUUUGGAGUCACCUGCUCGGGUUCUUCCUGUUCUUCUCGCUGGGUGUGUACGACAUGGUGGCCGUGCUGCCUAUGGUCGGGGCCUCCAGAGAAGAUUACGUAAUCUACUCUAUAUCCCUCUUCUGCUUUCAGGUGUGCAUGCUGUGCUCAGUGGGAUAUCACCUGUUCUGCUGUCACCGCUCGGAGAAAACCAGCCGGCGCUGGAUGGCACUGGACUACGCAGGGAUCUCGAUCGGGACGUUGGGCUGCUACGUCCCAGGCGUCUUCUAUGCCUUCUACUGCAAUAAUUAUUGGCGGCAGGUGUACCUGGUUAUGGUCCUGGCGAUGACGCUAGCGGAGUUCUUUGCCCAGAUACACCCUCUUUACUUGACUAAGAAGUGGCUGAAGCUGCGCUCGGUCAUCUUCUGCUCUGUAGUGGCCUAUGGCCUCAUCCCUACCAUGCACUGGAUGUGGCUUAGCGGAGGUUUCAGCUCAGAACUAGUGCAGGGCUUUCUUCCUAGAGUCCUGAUAAUGUAUUUUCUUGCUGCACUUGCCUUCAUCUUUUAUAUUUCUAAAGUUCCAGAGCGCUACUUUCCAGGUCAGCUGAACUACAUCGGCUCCAGCCACCAGAUAUGGCACAUAUUGGUGGUGCUCAUGUUCUACUGGUGGCAUCAGUCUGCACUGUUUAUCACCAACUACAGACAUACACACCCGUGCCCUGACUACCUCCAGCCUGCUUAGGGCAGAAUGAUCAGCUCUGAGAAGGCAUCAAAACUGGAAUAUGAAUCAUAAAAGAGGGACUUUGUUUAACGCACAGCUUGUUUUUUUUCCUAAUUUUUUAAUUAUCACAUUCUGUUGCUGAUGCUAACAGGUCAUUUCAAUCACUAUGCGAGUCAAUAGGAAAUUUCAAAUGUAUUGGCUCUCUUACAUGUUCAACAAUUUGCUGUUUUUUUUGUUGUUUUUUUGUAAAUAUUGUAGAAGUGCCUAGAAAUUUCAUCCUAUGUGCUUUAGUUUUAAAGUGAACCGUAGGACCAUGCACUACUGUAAAUUUGAGGUAGGAAGUACUUUUACUAAAACACAACCAAGUUUCAUGGCAGUAUUCAUUAGUCAAGCUGCAACCUUAAAGCUGGAUCAUGAUGAAUGAUAAGCUUACUGUUUAUCAUGUAGUUGAGGAAUGAUGAGUCUGUUCCUUUAAUGUGGAAUAGAAAAGAAUAUACAUGAAAAUGUUUGUAGUUAAUAUUUAAAGAAUUUUCUUGUGAAUCUGAAUGUUAAUUUUUUAUUUUGUUGGCAUUAGCAAACUACCCAGUGGUAUUUGGAUAUCAUACCAAAGAGUUCAUGCUCCAAGAGUGACUAGAAACAUUACGACUAAUAAAACGGACAAUGCAAUUUAAAUUUGGGGAAGUUAACAUUAUUACUUACUACUUUUAAAUAAUUUACUUAGUAUUUGUAAAAAUCUGACAGGGACAAGGUGCAAACUUCCGAAAAUGUAAUGCAGUCGAUAAUGUAUGUUACACAAGGUUCAUUGUAGCACUAAAAUACUGUGGUACUAAUUUUUUUAAGGGUAUAUGACAAGCUAUAAUAGACACUGGGACCUCAAUAAAAUGCAUUUUUAUUUUAUUUUCUUUCUUUCUUUUGUAUUAAUAUGCCGUGUGUAUUUUACUACAGAAAUGAAAUAUUUCAGCUUUUUAAGAUGUACCUUUUCCCUGAUAUUUGUUGUACUUUUUAAGCAUUGUUUUCUUGAGGUGCAAUGUACUUUUUUUUUUUUUGGUAGGGGUUACUCAUUGUGCAAAAUAAAUAAAAGACUGCUGUUUUAGCUUUCCUUCUUCUUAGCUGGAUAGCACAAGCUUUUUUUUUUAUAUUACAAGAAACCUUUGUGUUUGAGAUAUCUUCUUUACUGAGGUUGAAACCUGUACACUGUCCUUUACAACUCAAAUCUGAUAUUUUUUAUUUUAUUUAUAAUUUUAGUGUAUAAUAAAUAAACAGACUCUUAAAAACACAAUUCGGUCAUUAACAAAAUUAGACCAACAUCUGAAAACAUUUCAAAUAAGAAUUCAAUAUUUUAUUGCAUUGUUAGAGGGCAGUGUAGCAAGACAAAUCGAACCAAUACGAAAAAAUAAAAACAGUAAAUGUUGCAA